UCUCUCAAAAUGACUGACUAAAUAAAUAAAUAAAAUUUAAAAUAGAAAUCCUUCAACACUUCCAUUUUUCCAAUUUCGGUGUUUCCUAAGCAUUUCUCAUAUCCAACAUACUAUAUAUUUUACUUAUUCCAUUUGUUUAUUGCUGGUAUCCUCCCAAUGAAAUCAAGGUUCUUGAUGACAGUGAAUUUGCCUGUUUUGCUUCUGCUGUAUGACUUAUUUAUUAGGUAUGUUUCUUUGUUUGAAUCUUUCCAAUAAAAAUGUAAGCUCAGUACUGGCCAAGAAUAUCAUUUGAUUUAUUUAGCUGUGUCCUGUCAAUUCAUAUACGUUGUUUGAAUGUUUAAACAAGUGAAUGAAUAUGGGGAUUCUGUAGGGUUUCUAGAUGGUGACCAAUCCUGGAGAUUGCAAGGAGACUUAGAUCACUUCUUUGGUUUUCCUUCUCCCCACUGACGCUCUGACAUCCUUCAGUAUUGUGGGCAAGGGCAGUUGUGGACUCCCAGGUGUGGCUCCCCUGACCUGGCAGUUCCGACUGUCCUUGAGUAGACAGCUGAUGAAGGAAGUUUCUUCCUGAAUUAAACUGCAUCCCAGUGUUUGCUGCAUGUUGGCAGGUACAUCCCAGUUCCAAACUUCAAAAUAUGAAGUUGGAUGCUGAUAGGUCCAAAUGUCUUGUAUAUUAUGCUGACAGCUAGACCUUGAUGAUAAGAUGAAACUAAAAAGAAUUUUCCAUAAACCUUCAAAAGUUAAAACAAACUGUCCAGAGCUAGUCAGUCAGCUAAAUUGAUUGCUGUUUUCUGGAAUUUGUAUAUUUAGUCUGCACCUCUUCUGUCAACAUUUUUUAUGUCCAAUAUGAAUACUGACUGGUACAGGCACGACUUACAAAACUGUGGCAAUGAGAGGAGAAAAAAAUCUGCUUCACCCCAUAAGUGUGGUCAUAUAUAACUGGCCUAUUCAGAGUUGAUUCUCUAGAGUAAUUUUAAACAAUAUAUAAAGGUCAGGAAAGUACAACCUUGACAGGGAUAUGUUCUGUCCUUACCGCCCGCCAAAAAAAAUAGUUGGAUUUAUAUGAUUUUAAAUCAAAUGCAAUGUUAAUGUGCUGCUUCAUUUUUAGAGAACUUCCUUUAUUCAGAGGACAGAUUUUGAGAACAAAAAGAACUCUAUCACAUUUUAUAUGUCUUAUGCAAGUUUUUUCUCAUCUUAAUUGAUUCAUAAUGAAGCCUUGUUAAUUUUAGACAAAAUGAACAACUUUGCUUCUUAGUACUACUCUUUCUCAGUGUAUUUGAGGUCUGAUUGUUGAGGAAGUUUAUUUACAUCUUAAAAACAAUAUGGAGUCUUCUUUUAACUUAUAUAAUUUUGUCAAAAUGUCGUAAGUAUAAACAAUUAACUGCUUCAUUUUGAGCUGUCUGACAAAGGAAACAAGGAAAAAUCUAUGUUCAGGAAUAUUAGAAAAACUUUUUUUAUGUUUACUGUGAUAAAAAAUGAAUAUGUUAACAUCUGUGAGAGAUUAGAGCUUUAUGUCUGAGGUCGGAAGGUAAAAUUGAAAAAGAAGGAACUUACAGGUUUUUAUUGAGAAGUGCUUAGGCUGAUACAUGUAAGUAUACUGCGUUCAUUUUACGGCUAACAAUGUUCCUUUUUUAUGAACAAAUCUCAAUUAUAACAAAAAUCAUUUAAAAAAAGCCCAGUGUGGUACUAUAUAAGUAGAAACAAUACAAAAUUAAAUUAUAUGUUAAUUUUGGAUAUAUAAAUUUUGGCAAAAAUAGAAAAAAUAUGCAUGAAAGCACACACACUGAUUUUAUGGCAGUGUUAUAUUGGUAGAGGGAGAAAAAAGAGAAGAGCUGGGAUGAAGCUUAUUUUGAUUUUUAAGAGAGACAUCUGAAGCAUAUGCAAUGCUUUUUGACAUGUCUAAAGUCUGAUUUUUGGUCAUGUGAUUUCUCUUGCAAUAUUUGUUAUAUUUUAAAAUACAGGCAUUAAUAUAAACAUAUUAAAAUGUGUGGACAGGUAAUAUCAGAUUGCAUUUGUAGAACCUAUUAACACUUUCUGCACUAUUUUCAAACAUUCCAGUUUGUAUUUUACUUUCUUUUCAUGCAUACUGUUGAGAAGAAAUACAAUGGCAGCCUCACCUUUUCCCAAAGCACUUAUGGUUCCAUAUUCAAAUACGGUAAAACCUUGAAAUGCAAGUAACUUGUUCUGUGAGUGUUUUGCAAGACGAGCCAACAUUGCUAAUAAAUUUUAACUUGAUAAACAAGUGAUGUCUUGCCAUACAAGUAGUAUGUGAUGACGAACAUCACAUGAUCAGAACUGAGCCAGUGGUUCUUCUCUUGCGCGCGCUUGCUGGGGGACUGUGGGGGAUUGUUUCCCAUAUUCGGGUGCUUGGUCUCAGGCCACGAGAUGUGUGGCAGAAGUCAGUGGUCUUUCGGAACAUUGGAAGGUGCCCGCAACUGGCACUAGUGUACUUUUUGUCACUUCAAAGCACCUGUGGACAGUCUUGCUUUUCCAUAAAAGAGUGAAUUUAGGAAUGCUUUGCUUCAUUCUAGGUCAUUGGAUAGGUUCCUUGUUAAAGUUGCACAAAAAGAAAAAGAUUCCAUUGAACCAGUAGAUAGCAGUGAUUCGGUUAGUGAUAGUGAAAGUCCUGCUACGCAGUAACCCUCCCCUCUCCUGUCUCCCUCACACCAGCCACAAAGAUUUUCAAAGCUUUUGGAAACAUGUCCAAAACAUUGAUGAGAUGUUGGAAACCAGUUGAAACACAGUAAAAUUCAACUCAAUAAAACAGGACUGCUUUCUCUUCAUCCACGUUGGAAAUUUUCAAGAAGUGAACUAUGACAAUAUACCAAAUUUUGCUACUAUUUCUACUCUGGGUAUGCCUGCCACAUUUCUGUUCUCCAGAGAUAAUGUUCAGAAGGACUCCUGUACCCCAGCAAAGAAUUUUAGGUGCACGUGUACCUAGGAGUGAUGGCAAAAUUCUGCAUCGUCAAAAACGUGGGUGGAUGUGGAAUCAAUUUUUCUUACUGGAGGAAUACACAGGAUCUGAUUACCAAUACGUGGGCAAGCUUCAUUCAGACCAAGAUAAAGGAGACGGAUCACUCAAAUAUAUUUUAUCUGGAGAUGGAGCAGGUACUCUUUUUAUUAUUGAUGAAAAAACAGGUGACAUUCAUGCCACAAGAAGAAUUGAUAGGGAAGAAAAAGCCUUUUAUACUCUGCGUGCACAAGCUAUUAACAGAAGAACUUUGAGACCAGUAGAACCAGAAUCUGAGUUUGUGAUCAAAAUCCAUGAUAUCAAUGACAAUGAGCCAACGUUCCCAGAAGAAAUUUAUACAGCGAGUGUUCCGGAAAUGUCUGUUGUAGGUACUUCCGUGGUGCAAGUCACAGCUACAGAUGCGGAUGAUCCUUCCUAUGGGAACAGCGCCAGAGUUAUUUACAGCAUUCUUCAAGGGCAGCCAUAUUUCUCUGUGGAGCCUGAAACAGGUAUCAUCAGGACUGCUUUACCAAACAUGAACAGAGAAAACAGGGAGCAGUACCAAGUGGUAAUCCAGGCCAAAGAUAUGGGCGGCCAGAUGGGAGGCUUAUCAGGGACCACAACGGUGAACAUCACACUGACAGAUGUAAAUGACAACCCACCUCGCUUCCCCCAGAACACCAUCCACCUUCGAGUUCUUGAGUCCUCGCCAGUUGGCACAGCCAUUGGAAGUGUAAAAGCAACUGAUGCAGACACUGGGAAAAAUGCAGAAGUAGAAUACCGAAUUAUUGAUGGUGAUGGGACUGAUAUGUUUGACAUCAUAACUGAGAAGGACACACAGGAAGGCAUUAUAACAGUGAAAAAGCCACUUGACUACGAGAGCCGAAGACUUUACACUCUGAAGGUUGAAGCAGAAAAUACCCAUGUGGAUCCACGUUUUUAUUACCUGGGACCAUUUAAAGACACAACAAUUGUGAAAAUCUCCGUAGAAGAUGUGGAUGAACCUCCCGUUUUUAGCAGAUCCUCCUACCUGUUUGAAGUUCAUGAGGAUAUCGAAGUGGGCACGAUCAUUGGUACUGUAAUGGCAAGGGACCCAGAUUCCGCUUCUAGCCCCAUUAGAUUUUCCUUGGAUCGCCAUACUGACCUUGACAGGAUCUUUAACAUACAUUCUGGAAAUGGAUCCCUUUAUACUUCAAAGCCACUUGACCGUGAACUAUCUCAAUGGCACAAUCUAACUGUUAUAGCUGCUGAAAUCAACAAUCCCAAAGAGAUGACUCGUGUGGCUGUUUUUGUCAGAAUUUUGGAUGUUAAUGACAAUGCUCCACAAUUUGCAGUGUUCUAUGACACUUUUGUAUGUGAAAACGCCAGACCAGGGCAGCUAAUACAGACUAUAAGCGCAGUAGACAAAGAUGACCCUUUAGGUGGACAGAAAUUUUUCUUCAGUUUAGCUGCUGUCAAUCCCAACUUCACAGUACAGGAUAAUGAAGAUAAUACUGCCAGAAUUUUAACCAGAAAAAAUGGAUUCAAUAGACAUGAAAUAAGUACCUAUCUCUUGCCCGUGGUGAUAUCAGACAAUGAUUACCCAAUUCAGAGCAGCACAGGCACGCUGACCAUCCGAGUGUGUGCUUGCGACAGCCAAGGCAACAUGCAGUCCUGCAGCGCUGAAGCUCUGCUCCUCCCCGCGGGUCUCAGCACCGGGGCCCUCAUCGCCAUUCUCCUCUGCAUCAUUAUUCUGCUGGUUAUAGUAGUACUGUUUGCAGCUCUGAAAAGACAGCGAAAAAAGGAACCUCUGAUCUUGUCUAAAGAGGACAUCAGAGACAACAUCGUGAGCUAUAACGACGAGGGUGGCGGAGAGGAGGACACUCAGGCCUUUGAUAUCGGCACCCUGAGGAAUCCUGCAGCGAUCGAGGAGAAGAAGCUUCGGCGAGACAUCAUCCCGGAGACGUUAUUCAUACCUCGCAGGACUCCCACGGCCCCGGAUAACACAGACGUCCGCGAUUUCAUUAACGAAAGGCUGAAAGAGCAUGAUCUCGACCCCACCGCGCCCCCCUACGACUCCCUGGCAACCUACGCCUACGAAGGGAACGAUUCCAUCGCGGAGUCUCUGAGCUCCUUAGACUCGGGGACCACUGACGGAGACCAAAACUACGAUUACCUCCGAGAGUGGGGCCCCCGGUUUAACAAGCUGGCCGAAAUGUACGGUGGCGGGGACAGCGACAAAGACUCUUAACCUAGGCUCUCGAUUCUGUUCCAACAAGAGGAGGUAACUCGACGGACACCGUCCCCCCCUUCACAAUAUUUGAUAUUCAGGAGAGUUUUCCUGCCACUCAGCACAAUUUUUUCCCAUUUACUUCUUAAUUUGCUCAUUAAUUCCAUUAAUUCUUUCCUGUAGGAUGUCUCAUGGAAUAUAUGCGAAAUUUUAUUUAAUCACUUCCAAGAGCCAAAGCUAUGGAAAUUCAGUGUGGUCCAUCUUAGAAAUAAAAGAUAAUUUCAGAAACACGAACAGGAUAGGAACCUCACAAGCCGCUUCUGUUAGAUACAUGUCCUGCCCUUGCAAAUGAAGCUUUUAUUAAAAAAAAAAAAAAAAAAAAA